GCCCGAAGACAUCAAUAUCAUUGGGAGCCGAAAGAAGUUGUCUCCUCGCAAAUUAUUGCUUCUCAUCUCCCCUCAAUUAUUGCUUUCUCCUCUCCUCCAAAGGUAGCAGCAGCAUUCACAGCGGACAAACAACUUGUGCAUCUUUCCAACUCGCAGGCAUGGCUAUGGAUGCAGAUUUGGCGACUUAUGCGGUUGGCUUCAAAGAAUUAGUUGGUAUUCAAGGGAGGAUGGAGAAGCUCAAGGAGUUGUCAACAAUUAUCGACAUGGUGAUCCAAGAUGUUGAGGCCUGCUCUGUGACUGUGACGGAUGCCGCUGUGAAGAACUUGCUUAGAAAGCUCAAACACUUGGCCUACGAAGUGGAGGAUGUCGUGGAUUACUACGACACCAAAGCUUUGCGGAAGCAAAGAUCAAGAGCAUAUUCCAGGCCGGUGCGCGAUUUCUUCUCUUCUAAUAAUAAUCAACUUGUAUUUAAGAGUAAGAUAAGUGGCAUGAUAAAAGCAGUAACUGAGAAUCUAGAUUCUAUUUUGCUGGAAAAGUCCAUCCUUAAAAUUUUGUCACAAGGCAGUAACCCAAGUGCCUACGGAGAGAUCCACGCGCACAAUAGCUUGGCUGUUAUAGGGAGAGAAACAGAGAAGGAGAUGAUUGUCAACAUGCUAACGGAUGAUGAAGGAAGCAGCAGUGGUACAUUGAAGGUCAUCGCCAUCGUUGGGAUGGGUGGCCUGGGGAAGACUGCACUCGCUCGGCAUGUUUUCAAUGAUAAGAGGGUGAAAGAUCAUUUUAACACGUACUGGAAAGUUGUUGGAAAAAUUUUUAAACCCACAGAGAUAAUGAAGUCUAUUUUAGAAUUGGCUGUCGAUGCAAAGGUCGACAUCUCAGAACCAGAGUUAGUGAGGGGGAGACUAGAAACAGUCUUAUCAAGGAAGAGAUUUCUGCUCGUGUUGGAUGAUGUAUGGAAUGAAGAUGCAUUACUGUGGAGGGAGCUGAAAGCAGCCUUAUCAUGCGGGGCAAGAGGAAGUACAGUUUUAGUGACUACCCGUAGUCAAAAGGUCUCUUCGAUCAUGGGCUCAUUCAAGACCCACCAAAUACAGCAGUUGUCCCGGGAUGAUUGUUUGUCCUUGUUUCGGGAAUUUGCUUUUGGAGACGCAGAACCAAAUGAGAAUUUGAUGGAAAUCGGUGAAAAGAUUGUUGAGAAAUGUGCCGGUGUGCCCUUGGCUGCCGUAUCUCUUGGCAGCGCGCUCCAUAGCAUUCGAGAUGAAACUUAUUGGUCCUCUGUAUUGAACAGUGAAGUUUGGCAGCUUAGAGAUGAGGACCAGAAAUUCUUAGCUGUGCUCAAGUUGAGCUACGACGCUCUCCCUCCAUGGUCAAAGAAGUGUUUUGCAUUUGCCGCCCUAUUCCCAAAGAAGUAUGCGAUGAAAAAGGAUGACUUGAUUCAGAUGUGGGCAGCAAAUGGUUUUGUAUCUUCAGAAGGCAAUUUUGAUGCCGAAACAGUUGGCAACAGCAUCUUUGAUGAUCUAGUACUGAGGUCAUGCUUUCUACCUUCAAAGAAGUGCGAUGAUGGCCGUCAUGUAACCGAGUCCACAAUGCAUGAUUUGAUGCAUGACCUGACACGAUCAAUAUCUAAAGAUCAAUAUUACAAUAGCAAAGAUUGUCAGCCAAAGGAUAUUCAAAAGAGAACCUACCAUUUAUGCAUAGAAGAUGCAAAAUUUUCAAACACUUGUUUACUCAAGAAGCCAUUGUACUUGCGUACCCUAUUAUUGAGAAAAUGUCAUUUAUAUGAUAAGGUCCAUCUGCGUCAGUUUGUCCUCUCAAAAUUGAAAUUCCUCCGGGUGUUAGAUUUAAGUGAAAAUUUUAUAGAAGAGGUGCCAACAUCAGUUGAAAAUUUGAUACAUUUGAGGUACCUUAACUUGUCUAGGAAUAAGAUUAAAGUUCAACCUGACGCCAUUACUCGUCUCCAGAAUCUGCGAUAUCUCAAUCUCACCGAGAAUCCCCUUCAAGAGUUACCAAAAAAAUUAAGAAAUAUGCAAAGCCUUUGCUAUCUUCAUUGCGAUUGUGAUUAUUUGACUCACAUGCCCCCUGGGUUGUCACGGCUGACUAAUCUUCGAAGUUUAUCAUGCUUUGUUGCCGGGAAUAGAACGGGCUCAUGCUCAAUUAUCGAACUUGAGGAUUUGAAGCUUCAUGGACAAAUGGAAAUCAAAUUUUCUGGGAAUUUCACUAAUUAUUCUUGUGGUGGAAGAAAAAUUUUGAAGAAUAAAGAUUUUAAUGAGUUAUCCUUAUUAUUUAAUUGUUCGGACACUAAUGACAUGAGCAUGCUGGAAGAUCUUUGCCCCAACACGAGUUUAAAGAAGUUGAAGGUAUCCAAUUACGGGAGCCAACAAUUUCCAACAUGGUUGAUUGAGUCACAACUACCAAACUUGGUUGAAGUUGUUCUUGAAAAAUGCUAUAAAUGUCAGCAUAUUCCUCAUUUUGGAGAUCUCCAAUUUCUUAGAAGCCUUGUCAUAGACACAAUGCAUGAAGUGCGACACAUUGGUGUUGAGUUACAUGGGCACUGUGGCUUUCCUUCCCUCCAAGAACUCAAGUUGAUAAGGAUAUCGAAUUUAGAGGAAUGGUCCGAGGAUGAAGGUGGUGUCAAUGAGUUGUUCCCUUUACUGAAGAGAUUGGAGAUUUGCAAUUGUCCAAAACUGAAAAACAUGCCAAGGCUUCCAAGAAUUGAACUUCUUAAUCUACGUAACUGCAAUGAGAGUCUAGUCUCAGGCUUUGGAAGAAUGACUUCUCUUUCUCAUCUCAUACUGGAGGACAUGGAGGGCAUGAGAUCUCUUCCAAUUGGUUGUUUAAGAAACCUCACAUUCCUAAAGGAAUUGGAAAUUCGACGCUGCAAUGAACUCGAAUCUCUUCCUAUGGAUGAAUUGCAGCUCCUAACAAUGGUCCAUUCAUUGUCCAUUGAGGAAUGUAACAAUUUGGCAUCCUUCCCGUUAGAAGUGGAACGUGUUAGUUCUCUUCGAUAUCUCUGUUUCAAAAAUGUUGACAGCAACGCACUGCAGUCAGAAAUACUUGUAGAAAUCCUGAAUUCACUGAAUGAGUUCGACAUUCAGAUUUGCGGCAAGAAAGUGAAUUUAGGCGGGCAACUACAACACUUACACACGCUCCGACAAUUGUGGAUAAGUGAUUCACAUCAUUUUUCUUAUGAUAUGAAGAUAUCUGGAUCCAUUCAGGCAAAUUUAAGUAUUUGCUGUUGUGAUGAAUUGGAAUCCUUGAUGACAGAAGCACCAUCAACCAGUGUGCUAGAAGAUCUACAUAUAUGCGAUAUCCCCAACCUCAAGACCUUACCUGAAUGGCUACAACAUCUCGGAUCACUUCAUCAGCUAUCAAUCCGCAACUGCCCUCAAUUAGAAUCGCUUCCAAGGAGUCUUCAAGGCCUCCGUUUGUUGAACUCUUUGCUCAUUGAUGAGUGUUCCCUACAACUGGAAAGAAGAUGCAAAAGGGAGACAGGCGAAGAUUGGCCGAGCAUUUCACAUGUGCCACAUAUUGAUAUUUCUACAAGAGUGAUCUACGAAACUCAAUGCUGCGGUCCGUUCUUCAGAGUCGAUCGCACAAGAUCGAGAGAGGUAUAAUUGCAAUUGACAGCAAGGAAGCAGAGCAAUUCGUUCUACAGACUCCUAGAUCGCUUGUCAGGGGUUUUACUAAAUAUUUAUUUUAACUUUACUUUGCGCAUAAUUGGAAUGGUUGAAAACAAAAGAUAUGUGAUUGGCUGUGGGACUAUUUUAAAAAUGAAAUCAUUUUUGAACUUUUCACUA